AUGUCUUUUCAUGAGAGUUCGUGCGACAUUCAUCUAGUCGCUGGCACAAAGGGCACCUUUUUAGUUGCUACUUGCAACAAUGAUGAAGGCUCUGGCCUUACUACAGAUAUCCUUCUCGAUGAAUUUCUCGGCAAUAAGAAGGGCUGCCUCGACUGGGGUGGAGAGGGCUUUAGUAAGACUGCACGGAAUAUAAGUCUGUCUGCUGAAGAUCACCGCAGUCCCAUUCUCUAUUCAGAACUUCUCGAUUCAUCGGGCAAUUAUUCACUCAAUGAGAUUGAUCUUGCUACACACAUUGCGAAUAUAGAUGGUGAGCUAGUUUAUAUGAAUGCAUAG